AUGGAGAUUCCGCAUUCACCGCACGCAGCUCCCGAUGGCUCUGACCUCCCUUGCACCAAUAGUGGCUCCCCGAGCUCGUCAGUCACUUCAGAUAAUUCCGUGCGACCAUCCAAGCAUGGCGCGCAACAGCGAGCGAGCGACGCUGACGAUAGUGACACCGACCUCACGGAACGACCGAGGCUGCCAUACGUCGUGGGCUUCUCAGCUAUCGCAACAAAACACGAGCCUCCAGAGCCUUUUGGCUAUGACUUUUACGACACUGAAUGCCAGAAUGAGCGGGAAGAUUGGAUGUCCAUACCCCUACUGGAGUUUUGCUUGUCAAGACCAGAUUUGGGCGGCAAAACCAUCGGUCACGAAACAAAAUCACUCGCCAUCACUUCCAUUAUCCGAACCAGCAACGAUCAAGGCGCGCAGCUAGUAGUGAUCAACGGAGACAUGGUUGCUAAGAUCUACGAUCCGCUGUACUACGAGUAUAUCAACGAUUUCGGCCGCAAACAACAUGUCAAGUAUGAAGCGUAUGGCGAUUACAGUCGCGAGGCCCACGCAUAUGUCGAGCUGCAAAAGUCGGCAGCGGCUCGCAACGUAACACCCGCAUUCUACGGAACCUGGACCAUAGAUAUCAACGUGGUUGUCCGUCAAGGAGGAAAGGUCCAGAAGCACACGCGUCAUGUUCCACUCAUUCUAAUGCAACAUUUACCAGGGCGGUCGAUGUGUCAAAUCAACGCCGAAUCUUUGCCGCAAGACAAGCGUUCCGAGGUGCUCAAGAAGGUUCUAGACGCUGAGUCUGUGAUAUAUCACACGGGCGUGGUUCACUGCGACUUUUACCCGCGAAACAUCAUGAUCAAUGGUCUCCACGAAGCAGAUGAGGCGAGUUGUCCGACGGUCAAAGUGUUCGACUUCAACUGUUCUGCUGUCCGCACCCAUCCUCUUUGUGAAGAUCAGUGCCGCAUGCGUCAAACCCACGAGCGUCUUACGAAACAGUAUCGCAAACCUCUGAAUCCAAUGGUGCGUUGGGAUGGUCUAAUGAUCGGUCUGUCUGGGCCGGGCUGGUGUCCUGCUUCCCCCCCGGAACAGUGGUUGUCAGACCAGUACCACGACGAUGAGCGUUAUAUUCCCGCCGUUUGGGAUCCGCUCAAUCCUUAUGCUCCAGCAAAGCACGUUGAGCUUGAGAACGGUUCUGAGACGAGCGUGGAUCCAGGUCUGGGUUUGGUCAUGGCAAUUGAGAAAGGCGAGGAAGACGACGGGAAGAGCGUCGUUGAGGUUGAUGAGCAGAGUGCGUCUGCUGCACAGUCGUCAUAA